GAAUUGAUCAUCUUUUCUUCUAUAAGUCCAAAAUGUCCUCCAUGCCUUCAAAGAAGAUCUUUGAUGCGUCCGACUUGAUACGGUUUAGAAGAUCGCUUGCAUAUAAGCGUAUUCAUAUGAUCUUAGCUCAAGUGGUGACCAAAGUGCAAGGUUUCGAUGUCCCAACAGGAGUACUUGAUGCUGAAUUAGUGACUAGACCUUCUACAAGACCAGAGCCAACUAAGGUGGUGGUAACUCCUGCCCCACCACAAGAUGUAAAGACACAAUCCGCAGGAGAUAUCAUGGCAAAUACAAAUAGUUUGAUCAAAGGAAUACUUCAUAUUCUUUCAGAAUUUAAUACAUACAUUGAUAACACACCACCAAAGGAGGGCCCCAGACGGUUUGGGAAUUUGGCCUUUAGAUCUUGGAAUGGGUUGGUGGAAGAAAAUAUAAAGCUGCUAGUACUUGAACAUCUCAAUACUUCUGGAGAAGCUGUACAUUACCUACAAGUUGCAUUUGGAUCAUCUUUAAGAUUGGAUUAUGGAACGGGCCAUGAACUUUCCUUUUUAGCAUUUCUUGGUGGGGUUCCUAAUCUUAUUGACUCCGCUUCCGGUCCAGAGCUAUUAACUGUCUUUGCAAAGUACUAUGACUUGGCUAAAAGAUUGAUCUUGGUGUACAAUUUGGAACCAGCAGGGUCACAUGGAGUAUGGGGUUUAGAUGACCACUUCCACUUGAUCUACAUCUUGGGGGCUGCUCAAUUUAACAACAAAUCUGGAGAGUCAAAGAGAGUUCUGAAAGUUCCUCCUCCAGUAUCUCUGAUUCUAAAAUUACCCACAAUCAAAACCUACAAGCUUUCUAAUUUAUACGUUAAUGGGAUUGCUUUUAUUCAAAGGAUAAAACUGGGUCAAUUCUACGAACAUUCGCCAAUUAUAUAUGACAUCCACAAUACUGUCACUUUAUGGGCCAAGGUAUUGUCAGGGUUAUUGAAGAUGUACGAGGUUGAAGUGUUGGGGAAGUUCCCUGUCACUCAACAUUUCUGGUUUGGUGAGAACUUAUACCCAUGGAAGGAUCUUGACACCGGAGUUGCACUUCCAGUAUACUUUAAAGAAGAGGAAGAAGACAAAUCCACAACAGUAGGAUCAACCCUGCGAGACACGGUGACAGGUACAGGCACAAACGUAAGCACGGGCCAGUUCCUUGACGGGGCUGGGGUGAAGACUACAAGGACGAAUGUUUCCAUGACUGGAGCUCCUUGGGCUAGAAGCCCAAAUACUGCAAGAGAUAGAAACCCUUGAAUUCAAUGUAUCUGGUAUAUAUAUAUAUUAUUCUAUUUAGUUGUAAAUA